AUACGAUACAACUGAGGUAAAAUUGCGUUAUCAAAAGUUAUCCAACAGAAAUAUUAUAUUUUAAGUACGGAAUUACCCUAGAGAGUGUUUAAUAUAAAGGUAUGCACAAUAACCCGCCAAAUAUAGGACAUCUUGAAGAUGGAAUACAAACACCUUCUGUUUGUUCUUCUAACCAUAUUAUCAAUUCCAAGGUUUAUUUUUUGUGGAUAUUGUUAUAAAAGCAAAACGUGUUACAAGGUGUGUUCAAGACGUUCAACAUCGUAUACGUCGUGUGGACCCUUUGGAUGGAAGCGUUGUUCAAGACACAGUACACGUUACUAUUCAUGCUCCUAUACUUGCCAAACACGUGUAUGUUGUGCUGGGUACGAAGGAAAAGACUGUAACAGCCCUAUCUGUGAACCACCAUGUCGGAAUGAAGGCUAUUGCCAGUCGCCUAAUAGUUGUUUAUGCCGUCCAGGAUUUGCGAAGCCAUACUGUAAUGACAUAGACGAAUGUACAGAUGGUACAGCAGGAUGUGAACAUGUGUGCACAAACACGCCUGGCUCGUUCAAAUGUUCCUGUCGGGAAGGUUAUGAACUCUUAUUUGACCAAACAAACUGCACAGACAUAGACGAAUGCUUCAGGAACAGAACAAUUUGCGAUGGUAUGUGCCGCAACACCGAGGGUUCGUUUGUGUGCGGUUGUGCAGAUGGAUAUGUGUUAGAUACUGAUGGCAGAACAUGCAAAGAUGUGGACGAAUGUAUGGACGGAACAGAUUUGUGUGCUCAUAACUGCACCAAUACAGUCGGGUCAUACCAGUGUUCCUGUCACAAUGGGUUCUACUUAGCGGAUGAUAAGACUACAUGCUUAGACGUAGAUGAAUGCAUCAAAAAUCCGUUUCCUUGCGAGCAAAGAUGUAUAAACGAAGAGGGCACAUACCGUUGCGAAUGCAAAACGGGCUAUAGAAUGUCUAGCGUCAAUGGAUCUUGUAUAGACAUUGACGAGUGUGUGACUGACAAUGGUGGUUGCUCUGAUACCUGUGUAAAUACCGAGGGUUCGUACAAGUGUAUCUGUCCUCAAGGGUACAAACUUGAUGAAACUAAACAUAAUUGCACUGAUCAAGAUGAGUGCCUCGAGAAGACAUCAGGAUGUGAACAAGAAUGCACAAAUACAGUAGGCUCUUACACCUGUAGCUGUGGAACUGGGUAUUUGCUUUUAGAGGAUGUACGUUCUUGUUUUAAUGUCGACGAUUGUGCAGGUAUUGUGUGUGAGAAUAAUGGUACGUGUAUUGAUGGAGUCAGUUCUUACACGUGUAAAUGCACAGGUGGUAUUACUGGAACUCAUUGUGAAACCGAUAUCAACGAGUGUAGCUAUUUGAAUGGUGGCUGUGAAGAAAAUUGUACGAACGCAUUAGGGUCUUACUACUGCAGUUGUAUGGAACCAAAAUACUUGCACGAUAAUGGCAUGGGUUGUGUUGGUGUGUCCGAAUUCCUUGGUCUCAGCGCAGACGAACUCCCUAGAGGGGACUACAUGAUUAACGUAGAAAAUCAAAACGGACAGAACUUUCAGAUGUCAUCCACAUCGAAAUGGUACCGUCUCAAUGAAGAUCAGAAUGUAUUUUAUACAAGUGGCAUAGUCCAUGCAGAGUCUGAGAGUACUGCAUUUCCCGUUUCACUUUCCGGCGUACAAAUCGUGAACUCUUACGAAUCAUUCCGAAUUCAGGCUAAAUCUACACAAUACAGCGAGUCAGAUGGUUUAGAGUCAUUUAGAGAACGGUCGGAGAAUUUGACGACUUUUGACUUAAAUCAUUCGGACUUAUAUCACUUCAUUUCUUCCGGAACAUUUCAGAAGGCUUUCUUCGAUUCUGUCAAUCAAGUGUUGCCUAUCUGGAUGAACUUUGAAGUAGGUGGCAGUGAACUACUUGACAUCUCAGAUCUAGGAGCAGAAAUUGUCCUAGGCUCGCAAAUAAGUAACAAUAUAAACUGCGGCAAACCACCGUUACACGAAAAAAGAUUUUAUAUCUUGUUCCAGUUUGGCAUCAGUGUAUUUCUGAACUUUUUCGAUGAUAAAACAAAAUUUGCAACACCUACAGAUGAAUCGAAAUUUUGUCUUGUGACAGAUUUUCUUAACAGCGUUGGAUCAACGAUAUAUUUUCUGUUUCCAGAGAGUUCGCAAACUCCUCUUUUAGAUUCGUCAUUGUUCAAACCAUUAACGUCAGGUGACAGUGGUUUACGUGUAAAACAUUUAAAUGGAUUUGCGUUAUCCUUUAACAAGGGGAUAAAGGUUCCAGAAAACAUGAAGGUUUCGAUUUGGAAUGGAGAUUUCACUUCCGAAUACAGUUUUCCUUCAAGCGCGGACUUUUGGGUCAAAGGUCGGUUUCUAACGAAAGAUGAAACAUAUUUAAUAGACAUAAACGCAGAUGUGUAUGCUAGGAUACCGAACCCAUUUAAUAUUUUUACUGACACAUUUGAAGACAACUGGGAACUUUUAGUUGAUGUAAAAGAUACGAAAUCCGCAUAUGUGUAUCCCUUUCCGCCUGUCAGUGUACCGUUGAUUCCUGGUACGGAGGAAAUAAAGUUAAAUAUACCUACUGACGAAAUUCGAAUUGAAUUUACAGCUAGACAUCUUUUACUCUCUGUUGGAGGUAAGAAAAAGAAAUGCGGUAGGAACGAAUAUGCAGCUGGAAUAUUUGGAACGGUUUCACUUUUGGACAUCAGACCAUUUAAAACUAUUGAAAUUUUGAAAGGUAUUAGACUGUCGGACGAAAUAAAUCUAUUCAUAGAAGUAGAGUCUUACCAAAGUCAGAACGAUGAAAUGUCCCGAAUAUUUAAGGAAAGUGUAGAGAAUGGUUUAAAUAAUAUACUUACACUUCUGCAGCAGAAUAUUAUUUCAGUAUUCGGCAAUACUACUGACACCGUUGCCAAUUUGAUCACUGAAAUAAUGCAGGCACAAAAAGCUAUCGUUGAUGAUCUGUAUAAACACACUGAGUUUACAUCAAAAAUGGAAAUAAUUGAAAGCAUUUGGCUGAAAAGGAAAGCGUUUAAAAACUCAAUUAGCAACUUAGUUAUUCAGUUGAGCGAACAAUACGACCACGUCGAAGAAAUUAUAAACACUUUCAAAGAAGAUGUUCAAUUAGAGAUGACAAAAAUAGAAAGAGCUCUGAGUAAAGCUCUAGAGCAAUCUGCCAGAUCAUUGUCAAGGUCACUAGAAAAUACGAUAGGUAUUGGAUUUCAAUAUAAAGGAUCUUUGUCUUUUGAAUAUGAUUUUCUGAAAUUUAAGCAGGAGUUAAUCACGGUGGAAGUUGCUUCUUCAUCUGUUUCUUUAGGAAUAUGCGGCAGAUUUUAUAAAGUAUAUGAAUUAAUAGAAGGUGAAAAUGCAAUCCGAUUCUACGGUGAAGUCGAUGUUGGUUUUCCCUUAGGGCUUCUGUUUGAAAUUCCUGUUGGAGUAGGUUUUGGUAUUGCCCUCAACGAGGAAUUCGCCUUAGAAAAGCUAAGAGGUAAAUUUAUAUUACAGGUAACUGUAAUUUUCACACCUUUUAUUGGAUUAACUGUAACUGUUGAUUUGUUCAUAAGUAAUAACGGAAUGUAUGCCUAUUUCGAAGGAAAUUUCUUACUUGGUCUUUUCUACGUACAAAUAGACAUCGGUGCAGAAUUUGGGCGGAACUCAAUAUAUGACUCAAUACAUCUUGAGGGCCGAUUUGUUUCACCUGAAGAAAAAGACAUUGCCAGUAACCAAUUAGAAAAACGCAGUGAUUCAGGAUCGCAGUCAUUUUCCGACACACUUGAAAUAACUAUUCGAAAUUUGCUGACAGACAUUGGUGAAGCAGCUAACAAAAGAAUUGAAGAAGCGCAAAGGUACAUAUCAGGAGCUCAGGAAGAUUUUGUGAGAGCCAAGAGCUGGUUGGAAGAUAAGAAAGCAAUUCUACGCGAUGCAAAGGUAAAUUUUGAUACAGCAGUUGCAUUCUUAGAGCGGAAAAGGGAACAAUUAGAAAACGCAAAGAAAACCUUUGAAUCAUUUAGCGACAAUCUAAAAGAAGCCAGAGACAAGGUUGACCGCUUAUGUUCCAUCAGAAGUUGUGGACACAUUUGCAUUCCAGGUAUUUCAUGUUACUGGUUGGGUUGUAGUUUUGACAGCUGCAUGAUAUCUUUAGAGGAUCCGAUAUGUGUAGCUCAGAACGUGAUAUGUGCCACAGUUCGCGCUGUAGCAUUUGCAGCUUAUGAUGCUGCUAUUGCUGCAUUGCAAGCACCAUUAAUCGCUCUUGAUUUGGCUAAACAAGCAGUUUGGGUCGCACAAAUUGGUGUUGAUAGCUCAAGUAUUGUACUGAAAAUUGCUGAGGCUACAGUUGAUAUCGCAAAAUUGGGGCUAGAAGCUGCAAAACAAGGACUUGAGCUGGCGAAUCAAUCACUUGAUGUUUUAAAACAAAUUGUGAAUACAGGGUUAAAAGUGUUUGCAUUCGUUCUUGAUCUUGGCUUGCAUUUAAUAGCUGUAAAAGAUUGCGAGUUUAGUGUUGAUAUUGAAAGGACCGUUAUUCCAAUUAUAGACGUUUCAUUGAAGGUUAAUGUAUUUCAAAGCGGAUGGAUUACAGUAAGACUACGUAUUAACUUUCUUAAUCCAUUCCAAAGUAUUUGGCAUGCGGCAAAAUCUUUAGUCGAUCAACUCCUAGAAAAUAUUAACAUACUUAUUAGGCGAAAAAGAGAUAUUUCAUUUGAAUAUUUGAAACACAUACAUCCUUACAUUCGAAAUGCACGAGCAUCAAAUGUCUCGGAAGAAAACAGCCAGUGGACAGACUUUACAAUAGAUGUUACAAACACUUCAGAAUACGACAACCUAACAAAAGCAGAGAGAUAUGAUAUCCCACCCGACGAAGAUUAUAUACAAAGAGUUAAUAUUUACGCACGAAAGUGUGAGAAAUUCACAAAAGUACAAACAUUUAUCGAGAUAGCCGUCGGUCAUAUUACUGAUGUUCUAACCACAUUUAGUAAUAUUACAGAAAAGCUUCAGAAUAACAUCGACACAUUUGAUGCCUUCUCCAUCGACUCAUUUCAAAAUAUCAAUGCCUCGGAAGCUGGAAUUAAUCAAGAAACAGCUUAUAACGAGUUCAACUUAACCUACGAUGCAUUGCAUUCUGCAAUUAAUGAUACUGUAAGUAGCUUUUCAAACAGUUCAAUUGUCAGUGGCUUCAUUUCAUUGAAAAACGAAUCGGUUUUGAUGAUGGAAGAACAAAAGAAAGCGGUUGAGCAAUUUAAGUUCAUACAUGAAUGGAGCAUUGCAAUGGAGGAACAAAUUCCACUACUUUUUCAAACUGACGAAUGCGUAGACAUGGUUGACUGUUUUCAGUUUAGCAUUUAUCUGUUAUAUGAAUUAUUAUCCUCCGAGGACUCGAUGAACCAACAUCAUGAUGAUAUAAUGAAUGCAGUUUCAGGCUUUGAAUCGGUGUUUCUGGAAAUGCUGAACGGAACUAAUGCUGAAAUUUCCAGUUUGCAAAAUCACAGUGCUUUACUAGUUGAGCAUUCAAUAAUGAUUUCACAUUUGAAUUACACUUGUCUAGAGCCCCCAAUAAUAACUUCCAAACCAGACAAUGUCACAGUGGUUAGUGGUAAUGAUGUCAUUCUGUCCAUCGAGGCAAAAGGUGGUGGAAAUUUAAUUUAUUGGUGGUUCUUUGGUGACAAAAUCAUUGCCCGUAAGGAUGACGGAGUGCUUAUUUUGAAGAAUGUCUCGAUGAAGGAUGCUGGUUACUAUCACUACGUUGCAGGAAACGUAAUUGCAAAUUUCACAUCACCAACAUUUUUGCUGUUCGUUACCGAACAAUGUGUGCCUGGUAGAAAAGAGGUCCAUGGUACAUGCGUUUUGUGUGAAAUAGGGUACUACCAACCAAAUCAUGGAAAAACAGAAUGUUUCCCGUGUCCACCAAAACAUACCACGGCUUAUAAUGGUUCAUCCAAAGAUUCCGAGUGCAUUGAAACACCUGAAAUUUCGGAGCGUCAUACAGAAGACAGCAGGGUCAUGUACACAGUGGCAAUUUCCUGUGGAUCCGCUGCAGUGGUACUAAUACUUAUCACUGUGCUAACAUUCGUGUGUGUUCGCUUCAAGUUGAGGCAUAAGAAGAAAAAAGAACAAGUGACAUCGGAUAAGUUGAAGAAUACUGCGAAGAAUGAUGAGGCUGUUGUGUUGCAGAAACAUGCUUCUUUUGUCGAGUUAAAUACAGAUGUGAAGGCUCAUGAAGAUGUUGUGUUGCAGAAAGAUGCUCUCGUUGUAGAGUUUAAUACAGAUGUGAAGGCUGACGAGUCUGUUGUGUUGCAGAAACAUGAUUCUUUUGCCGAGUUAAGAACAGAUGUGGAGAACCCGGAAAACUAGAAAACGAAACUAAGAACAUAUUGUGUAGAAACAGCUUAAGGCUCAAUUUAAAGUGUGCUGUGUUGACCUUUACAUUUUGCUUAACAUUUCUACUACGUUUUAUGAACUAGGUUCAUUUCCAUCUUUGUUUUUCUUUUCGUAAUUCAUAAGAGCUGCUGUAUGUGAGUAAUUAUAAACGAAAGUGUAUUCAGAUACGAUCGUGACUUUUGUUGAAAUAAGAAACAUCCUUUAUAGUUUAUUCUACCAUGUUCUGAGUCUAAUUUUAACUUUUUACAUUUGUCUACAGUAGCCGUUGUACUCUGUGGGCCGAUUGGUUUCACUCAACCCGGGACAUGCCGGGCACGUGAGCGACAAAAAACUAUUCUCGCCGGUUUAUUAAUAAACAAACGUAGAAGCGAAUAAAAAUAUAAAUUUACAUUUUUGAUGAUUUUGUAUUGCGGCCUGUUCCAAAUAAGUUAGCAAAAUAUUUCUUGCGGUAUAUUUCUACCUUUACUGGUAUUAACCCCAAAUUUUCAAACAUCUAUCCGACUUUAUAUCGCGAAAAUAUAUUAUUUGCCGCUUUGCCUAUCUCGCAAGACCGGUGCACAUCGGCGUACGCCGGAUAGUGCCGGAAAACUAAAGGAACACGUACACCGCAAAAGUGAAACGAAUUGGCCCUAUGUUGUAGGUUGGCGCUGUUGUAAAGUCACCAUCCGGAACCCGCGGGUGAUGUAUAUGUUCUCCGUGACGGUUGGACAAAAGACAGUUUGUCUAAAGUUAUUCGUCCUUGACCUCUGACUCCUGUAGGAAAGUUGUCAGUUUCUUGGGUAGAACUAGUCAGUACUGGUACAGUAUCUAGCAACAAGUGUCUGGUUUACUGACUUAAAGAAAAAUCAUAUGAAAAAAAGCGUCGUCCGUUCACAAUUUCAUGUGAACACAAUAGAAACCACAUUUUGCAAGUGAUUUUAAUAAAACUUGCACAAAACUUGUAUUGGCAAACUAUAUCGGUUUCUUUCGAACACUGGCCAGAUCCCAUCAUGGGUUCCAGAGUUAUGACCCCACAAGGGCCAAAAUAUGGUAUUUUUGUCUUGAGAACACUAUAGAGAUCACAUUUUGCAGUCAUUUAAAAACAACAAAAAAAAAAAAAAAAAAACAACAACAACAACCCCGCCCCCCCAAAAAACAACAACAAAACAAAAACAAACAUCUUGCACACAACUUGUAUUGGCAUAAUGUCUCGAUUCCUUUCAAAAACGGACCAGAUCCCAUCAGCUUUAACAACAAUAGAUCUUGGAUUCCAUAAUGAAUCCGGUGGAUCCAAUCAUAGGUUCCGGAGUUACGGCCCCUGACUGACCCCUGAAAGAGUCACAAUUUGUUAAUUAUUACCUUUUGAACACGAUAGAAGUUACACUUAACAUUAGAUUAUAACCACACUUAGAUACAACUUAAGUCACAAUAAAAUCUCAGUUCCUUUCUAAAAUCGGCUAGAUUCCAUCAUGGGUUCUAGAGUUACAGCCCCUGAAAGGGGCAAGAGUUUCUAUGUUGGCCUUUUCAGCCAUAAAGAGGUUUCAUUUAUACUUUGAACUGAUACAAACUUGCACAGAAUGUUUAUCUUGACGAUCUCUAGGCCAAGUUCGAAACUGGGUUAUGUGGGGUCAAAAACUAGGUCACCAGGAAAUUCAAAGGGAAAGAUUUUUAACACCCUAGAAGCCACAUUUUUGAUCCUAGCUUCAUGAAACUUAGUCAGAAUAUUUAUCUUGAUAAUUCCUAUGCCAGAUUUAAAACUGGGUCAUAUGGGGUCAAAAUCUAGGUAACCCGGUCAAAUCAAAGGUAAAGCUUGUUAACACAUCCUAAGGCCACAUUUAUGACCAUAUCUUCAUGAAACUCGGUCAGAAUGAUCAUCUUUAUGAUAUAUUACUAGGCCAAAUUUGAAACUGAGUCAUGUGGAGUCAAAAACUAGGUCACCCGAUUAAUUCAAAGGAAAUGCUUGUUAACACUCUGGAGGCCAUAUCUUUGACUCUGUCUUCAUGAAACUUGGUAAGAACGUUUAUCUUGAUGAUUUCUUUGCCAAAUCCGAAACGGGGUCAUGUGGGGUAAAAGACUAGAUCAACACCCAAAUCAAAGGAAAAGCUUUUUAACACUGUAUAACACUGUAGAGGCCACAUUUAUGACCCUAUGAUGAUUCCAAGACCAAGCUUUACAGGUGAGCGGUAUAGGAUCAUCAUGACCCUCUUGUUGUAAUAUAUUGUCACUUAAACUGUAUUUCUUAAUAUUUACAGUGUACUUAUGCACAUGUUCAUAUCCAUUUAAAUUGCUUUUAUAUAGAUUGUUUAUAGAGUAUAUUACAUGAGUGUCUUUUCAUAUUGAACUUGUUAAACGAGUUGGAUAAAAUAAUAAAAUGCGAGGCUCUGCAGAGUAUUUAUCAAUUACAUUCAUCGGGUUUAAUAAAUUCAGUGUGGAAAUACACAACAUUUUGUGUAGUAUUCUUUUAUCACAUGUAAGCUUUUCAUGCUGAAACGUCAUUUUUUUUUCUUUCUUUACCAAUUUGACACUGAGUAAAUUCGACCAACGUCAAAGCUUUAUUACACUAAUGUAAUACCAGAACUUUGUAAUGGCUUUAUUUCACUCCCACCACGUCAAAUUAAGAAAUAAUAUAUCUCAUUAAGUGAUUUGUCGCUGAAUAAAUCAUUGUUUGGAGUUCAGAUGUGGAGAAAUUAUCUCACGAGGGCGCAUCUGAACGACAAACAAUGAUUUUAUUCAAGAGCAAAUCAUUAAAUGGGAUAUAUAAGUUCGAUUCUAACACGUUACGGAGGACUUUAAAGUACAUCCUUAACGGCAUUCAUUAAAUAUGUGACAGUUUUCAAUCGGUUUCUUUUCCAGCGAGCCGUUAUGCCGUUAGACGAUAUGACGUAAUAAUUGUGACGCCAGAACAGUGAAUUGUUGUAUAAUAAUUCAAUGUUUUCAGCCUUCUUUGUUUAAAUGAAUCGGAUCGUGUUAGAAUAUGUGAUAAAGCAUCUUAUAAGCAGAUCUACACAUUCAUUGUUUUAUAUUAUUUUCUUUAUAGAUCAAUACAUGUUGUUUUAUUCAUCUGUUUGUUUUAUAUAGAAAUUGUAUCAAUACAUAUUCUUUAUUCAAUCAUGUUGUAUAUAUUUUUAUCAGUAUACAGUGAAAAUGAUUUGUAACAGAAGACAAUUUGUUUGUAGGAAUUUUCAAACUUAAAGGGAUAUCCAGGGAUUUUUUUAGGAAAAAAUUAAUUCCAUGAUUUAUUUUUAAUAUUGUACUUACUCAUUUCAAAGAAACAGAAAGUGCUAAUUUUAUUGUAUAUGCUUUAGUUAAUCAAUAUGCGACUAUAUGUGAAGACGCGAAAGCAUGCAACAAAUCUUCUUAUUAAGAAUCUAGCUAUAAAUCCCUCGUCAUUUUGUUUUAUCAUUACUAAAAAAGAUAUACGGAAAUAGAGAAAUGUAGAAUAUGGUGUUUUAUAGCAAAAUUUAGUGGAUACCUUUCCCUUGCACAUGUAUAUCAUGUUAACAAUCUCAUGUGAACUGCGCACGCAAUCAUCAGUAUCUUUUGUUACUACGCAUGCCAAUAAAAUGAGAGAAAUAUCAUUUAUAUUUUUCUUCACCGACUGUUCCACCUGUAUAUCCCUUCAAGAUCAACUGAAUAUUAGUUAGAGGUGUUUUGUUUUAAUAUUAAAUUGUAUAUUUAUAUACACAAUUGUAGUAAAAAAUGUAAUCAGAAGUAAAUAUAUCACCGGACGUCUUCCACGAGGCGUGCUCAAGGCAUUUGCAGAACGUUCAUUUUUGUACAUAUUAUUUUGAAUUACGACACAAAUGAGCCGUGCCAUGGGAAAACCAACAUAGUGGGUUUGCGACCAGCAUGGAUCCAGACCAGCCUGCGCAUCCGCGUAGUCUGGUCAGGAUCCAUGCUGUUCGCUUUUAAAGCCUAUUGGAAUUGGAGAAACUGUUAGCGAACAGCAUGGAUCCUGACCAGACUGCGCGGAUGCGCAGGCUGGUCUGGAUCCAUGCUGGUCGCAAACCCACUAUGUUGGUUUUCUCAUGGCGCGGCUCAAAUGUCUUUACCAUGCCUUUUGGAAAGUGGAAGUGAGAUUAUAGGCUGGUCAAUUCAUUGUUGUUUUUCAGUAAGUUUAUAUCAUACAAUCAUGAGUUUUUACAUUUUCCAUAAUUGAUCGAAACCAAACUUUGUUAAAUACUAAAACUUUGGAAGCAUAGAAUGCAUCCAAGCAAAGUGAGAGCAGACUCAGUUUGAUUUAGUCUGUUCACGAGAGACUACAAAACUCAUAGUGAAUGUAAAUAUUAAAUUUUAUGUGGAUCUGUGUUCGCAUUUGACAUAUAUAUAUUCCCAUUUUAAUAUAAUAUCUAAAAUCA